UUAGCACUCAUUGUAGAUUCAAAAAUCUUCCUCUAACUGCAGACGUUAGAGAUCAAGAAAUUAAUACGUCUCAGACCACAAACUCUUGAUAUCACAAUACACACGAAGCUAAAGCUAGCUAUAGACUCAAAUGGCGGAAAUGGCAGUGUCCUUCGCUCGAGACAAAUUGCUUUCACUACUAAGCAAUGAAGCAAAACUCCUUUGGGACUUGCACACAGAAUUUGCAGAAAUAAAAACUGAACUGGAUUUCAUUCAAGCCUUCCUCAAGGAUGCAGAUAGAAGGGCUGAAGAAGAAGGAGACAGCACUAAUGAGGGGAUCAGAACAUUGGUUAAACAGUUGAGGGAAGCCUCUUUUCGCAUAGAAGAUGUGAUUGAUGAGUACUUGAUCUUUGUGGAACAACAGCCUGAUGCUCUUGGAUGUGCAGCUUUAUUCUUUGAGUGUGACAUUACACACUUCAUUGAAUAUUUGAAACGUCGCCACCAUAUAGCAUCAGAGAUUCAGCAGAUUAAGUCAGUUGUUGAUGGUAUCAUGCAGAGAGGUAAAAAAUAUAACUUCCUUAGACAACCUUCUGUAGAACAAGGACAGAGCAGUAAUGCAGGUAGCCAAAGUAUUCAGUGGCAUGACCCUCGAAUCGCUUCUCGUUACCUUGAUGAAGCUGAAGUUGUUGGCUUUGAAGGCCCAAGAGAUGAAUUGAUUGAUUGGUUAGUAGAGGGACCAGCAGAGCGCACUGUCAUCUCUGUGGUAGGAAUGGGAGGGCUUGGAAAAACCACUCUUGCCAGCAGAGUUUUCAACAACCAAAAGGUGGUUGGACACUUUGAUUUCCAUGCAUGGAUCACAGUGUCUCAAUCCUACACAGUGGAAGGGAUGAUGAGAGACUUGUUGAAGAAGUUAUGCAAAGAAAAAAGGGAGAAUCCUCCUCAAGAUAUUUCUGAAAUGGACCGAGAUUCAUUGAUCGAUGAAGUGAGAAACUAUUUGCAACAGAAGAGGUAUGUUGUCAUUUUAGAUGAUGUAUGGAGUGUAGAACUUUGGGGUCAGAUUAAAAGCGCCAUGUUUGAUAAUAAAAAUGGAAGUAGAAUAUUAAUCACAACUAGGAAGACAGGUGUUGUAGAAUCUUGUAAGAACUCUCCCUUUGAUAAGGUGCAUGAGCUGGAACCUUUAUCAUCAGAAAAAUCUAUGGAACUCUUUUAUAAAAAGGCAUUUCAAUUUGAUUUCAAUGGAUGUUGCCCAGACCAUCUCCUGAAUAUAUCUUCUGAAAUUGUUAAAAAAUGCAAGGGCUUACCACUUGCAAUUGUGGCUAUUGGUGGCCUUUUAUCUGGCAAAGAAAAGACUACAUUUGAAUGGGAGAAAAUUAGGCAAAGCCUAAAUUCAGAGAUGGAGAAAAACCACCAUUUAAUUGGUAUAACAAAGAUUUUAGGUUUCAGUUAUGAUGAUUUGCCAUACUACCUUAAAUCAUGCUUAUUGUAUUUUGGAAUAUAUCCGGAAGACUAUAAAGUGAAAUCAACAAGACUAAUUCGACAAUGGGUGGCUGAAGGAUUUGUAAAAGAUGAAGGAGGAAAAACUUUGGAAGAUGUUGCACAACAAUAUUUAGCAGAGUUGAUUGGUAGAAGUUUAGUUCAAGUGUCUUCUGUUACCGUAGAUGGAAAAGCCAAGAGUUGUCAUGUUCAUGACUUAUUAUGGGAUAUGAUCCUUAGAAAAUUUAAGGAUUUAAGUUUCUGCCAGCAUAUUAGUAAAGAAGAUGAGUCAAUGUCAAGUGGGAUGAUUCGGCGCUUAUCAAUAGCAACCAAUUCCAUUGAUUUAGUAGGGAGUACUGAAAGCUCACACAUCCGAUCACUACUUGUUUUUUCUGGCAAAGAAUCAGCAUUAACUGAUGAAUUUGUGCAAAGAAUCUCUAAGAAAUGCAGGCUAUUGAAGGUACUUGAUUUUGAAGAUGGUCGAUUGCCUUUUGUUCCUGAAAAUUGGGAAAAUCUAGUACACUUGAAGUAUUUAAGCUUAAGGCCGUUAGGGAUGGAAACUAAAAGUCUUACAAAAUUCAUUGGUAAGCUCCAUAACCUCGAAACGCUGGACGUAAGACAUGCAACUUCUAUGGAAUUGCCAAAGGAAAUUUGCAAGCUUACAAGGCUGAGACAUCUUUUGGGUGAUCAUAUGAGGUUGUUUCAAUUGAAAAAUAGUUUUGGAGACAUGACAUCCCUACAAACACUGCAUCAAGUAAACGUAGAUCCUGAUGAAGAAGAGCUAAUUAAUGAUGAUGAUGUUGUGGAGUUAAUCAGAGAAUUGGGAAAGCUGAAGAAUUUAAGGAGCUUAGGCUUGACUGGUGUGAAGGAAGGACUAGGAAGUGCUCUAUGUUCAUCAAUAAAUCAGAUGCAAAACUUGGAGAAACUACAUAUUCGCUCAGCAUCUAAUUUUUAUGGUUUUUAUAUGAUUGAUUUGCCUGUCAUUUCAUCCCUACCUAUGUUGCGGAAACUUAAGCUAGAAGGGAAGUUAAAUAAGUUUCCAGAGUGGAUUCCACAACUACAAAAUCUUGUAAAAUUGACUUUGAUAUGUUCCCACUUAACAGAAGAUCCAUUGAAAUCACUACAGAAUAUGCCACAUUUGUUGUUCCUCCGUAUUGGCCCCUUAGCCUAUGGAGGUGAAAGUUUGUAUUUUAAAGAUGGAGGGUUUAUGCAAUUAAAAGAACUGUAUCUCAGGUAUUUAUCUAACUUGAGUUCCAUCAUCAUCGAUAAAGGAUCACUGAAUUCUUUGGAAACACUACACUUUGAGGGAAUAGGUGCACUCAAGACAGUACCUUGUGGCAUCCAACACUUAGAAAAUCUUCUAGUUCUUCACAUACUUGACAUGCCAUCUGAAUUCGAGCAAUGCAUUGCUCCCGAAGGAGGACCAGAGCACUCAAGUAUACAACAUGUGCCCCUUGUAAGAAUUGCUACCAGUUUUGGAAGAAAACGCAUUAUUCAUCACUCAAAGUCAAGACAUUAGAAUUCAUAAAAAGGAAGUGGGGUUCCACUGUUUUGAAAUUUAGAUUCUCCGUGUUGCCCUUUCAACAAUGGCGCUGUAUCUUUUGUUUCAGAAUUGACUCUUCUUUGGUCCCUGCAUCAAACAAAAAAGUGGAAUUGUCUUUCAUUAACAAAGUCAUGUUUAUGACAGUUUGUGAUGUAUAAUAAUAUCUGAACAAUGUAUCUUUCAAAUAUUCUGAGAUCUUAUUUUUUUUAUUUGAUUUAUGUCUUUUGA